GUACUUCGAUCCAUCGACCGCCAACUGCCUGAUGACAUCCGUCUGGAACUGUGCGUUGUGGACUUCGAGGCAGCCGUGUGGCAGGCUAUCCGCCAGAGAUAUCCGGACUGUCGGAUACAGGGCUGUGCAUUCCACUGGUCACAGGCUGUGUUCCGGAAAGUUCAGGAGCUCGGAUUACAGACUGCCUACAACGAGAGAGGAGAUGUGUACGAUUUCAUUCGGCAAGUGAUGUGUCUCCCGUUCCUUCCAUCAGAACAGAUUGUGGAGACUUUCAUGAGGCUGGAUGACCGCGUCACAUCACCGGCAUUAGCAUCCCUGAUGGACUAUAUCGACAGAACAUGGAUUCGAAGCAGAACUUUCCCCGUCAGCUCGUGGUCCAUUUUCAUGUCGGCUAUUAGAACCAACAACGACGUAGAAGGGUGGCACAACCGGUUGAAUUCCCGAGUCAACAUCAGGGGUCCCGUUCCAUUUUAUCUGUUGUUGCAGGAGCUCUUCAGGGAAGCCACCGCGAUCCCCCUUCAAUCAAAGAUGGUUUGCGAGAACAAGCUCGCAAGAUACCAGCGCAAGAAAACACGGGACAUUCAGAGGGAAGUCUUUCGUUUGUGGGGACAGUAUACAGAUGGUGAGGUUUCAACCUCCCAGCUGAUGCGGAGGAUAGGACGUUUGUUACAUUGAAAGUGUGUUUAUGUAGAUGAACUGUAGUGUUGUGUUGUGUAGUGUUCUGUAGUGUUGUGUUGUGUAGUGUUGUGUAGUGCUAUGUUGUGCUGAUGUAGUGCUAUAGUAGUGAAGAACAUUUUGUUUAUAGAUAUGUAUAUAGUUUGUAGUGCUGAAUGAACAUUUUGUUAGUUUAUUUCCAGGAUGGUCCAGUUAUUAU